GUCCCUACGGAGGUCGCACGGGGGGAGAAGACAUGCCGCAUACACACCAAAACUGUGGAGGCUGGCUGACUGGCUUAUAACUCGAAGCCUGUCUCCUCAUGUUGACUUGGAUCUAUCUUUUCUUCUGCUCCAUUUGCCUUCGUCAGCAACUAAAUCAUGCCGUCGCCGAUUCCCAAGCCCCCGGGGGUGUUCCUCCUCGGUAAUCUGUUCGACGUGAGCUCUGGCAAUCCGUGGAUGUCCUUUAACAAGCUCUCGAGCAAAUAUCGCCCCAUUUGUAAAGUCACUAUUCUCGGCCACGAUAUCGUUCUGGUCACCGGCGCUGCCCUUCUUGAAGAGAUUUGCGAUGAAAAGCGUUUCCGGAAAUGCGUCACUGGGCCUAUUGUCGAAAUCCGACAGGCUGUCCACUCGAGCUUAUUUACAGCCUUCCAUAGCGAAAUGGAGUCCUGGGGCGUCGCCCAUCGAAUCAUGGCGCCUCUGGUCACCCCGGAGGCUGUGGCACAGGUCUUCACGGACAUGCGGGAGGUAUCAAGUGACUUGAUCAAGAAAUGGACAGCUGGACCGCGCCAGCGUGUCAACGUCACCGACGACCUGGAUCGUCUGAACCAUGCCGCCAACAUGCUGUGUUUCUUCGAUCAGCGACUGCAUUGCCUAGAAGGCCCAGAGCCGACCCUGAUCAAAGCCAUGGAGGGCGCUACCACCGAAGCGGUCCGUCGCCCAAGCCGUCCCAAGUUUCUCACCUGGCUCUUCUACCAGCGCAAGUUCGACGACUUCAACAAGGCUUUGCGCGAUUACUCGGCCGACUGCAUCGCACAUCGGCGCGCCAAUCCAUCCACCAAGAAAGACAUGCUGCACGCUCUCAUAGAGGGCAAGGACCCAGAAACUGGACAAGGACUAGACGAGACUCAACAGAUCGACGAAAUCAUUAAUGUCUUCAUUGGAAGCGCCACAGCACCAAAUCUGGUUGCGUUCGCUCUCUACUACCUUAUGAAGAACCCCAAAGAGAUUUCGCGCGCACGGGAGGAACUGGAUGCCGUCGUUGGCGGACCCGGUGCCCCAAUCGAGCACGAGCAUCUUGCCAACCUGCCAUAUUGCACUGCUAUUCUACGCGAGGCCUGGCGUCUUGCCCCUCCCGCCCCUGGUUUCAACAUCGAACCCAUUCCCAACAACGACGGCCCCGUCUACCUCGCUGGAGGCGAGUACGAAGUUCCCCGGGAUCAACCCCUCAUUGCAAUCCUAUAUGGUGUGAACCGUGAUCCGGCUGUCUUCGAGGACCCCGAUGCUUUCAAGCCAGAGCGUAUGGUGGGCGAGAAAUACGAUCGUUUGCCAGCGGGCGUCAAGAAAGGAUUUGGUAAUGGCAAACGCCACUGCAUUGGAAAACAGUACGCGUGGGAAUGGUCGUUCUUCACACUGGUUAGCAUCCUCAAGGAUGUGGAAUUUGAAUUGGCGGAUAAGAAUUAUGUGACCAACCCGGCAACCGAAAACUACAAUGGUGCCUUCACCGUGAAGCCACUGGGACUUUUCGCUGUCACUGGUCCCCGACCCAGAGCCGGAUGAGAAACCGGUCCCUAGAUUCUCUUUCUUGUGUCUUGUCUCAUGAUAUCCAGAUUGCGGUUGCAAUGUAUGCUACGCGUGCGCAUGUUCUAAGUUAAUGCUUUAGCUUGUUUGAGAG